AUGGGGCACGGCGGGAGCGAGAGCUGCACCCCGCGCCCCCCGAUCCGGCCGCAGCCCGCGUCCGCGCGCCGCGUGCUCUCCGUGGUCUUCCUCAGCCUCCUGCUGGACCUCCUGGCCUUCACGCUGCUGCUGCCGCUGCUGCCCGGUCUGCUGGAGGGCUUCGGCCGUGCCCAGGACCCGCUGUACCGCUCGUGGCAGCGCGCGGUGGACUGGUUCUCUUCGGCCAUCGGGAUGCCGGCCGAGAGGAGAUACAACAGCGUCCUGUUUGGAGGUCUGGUGGGCUCCGGCUUCUCCGCCCUGCAGUUCCUCUCGGCCCCGCUCACAGGCGCCGCCUCUGACCGCCUGGGCAGGCGCCCGGUGAUGCUGCUGUCCCUGGCGGGCUUGGUCACCUCCUACGCAGUGUGGGCCACCUCGAGGAGCUUCGCUGCCUUCCUGGUGUCCAGGGUGAUCGGGGGCGUGAGCAAGGGCAAUGUGAGCCUGUCCACGGCCAUCGUGGCCGACCUGAGCUCGCCGGAGGCGCGCGGCCGGGGUAUGGCCGUCGUGGGUGUGGCCUUUUCGCUGGGCUUCACGCUGGGUCCCCUCCUGGGCGCCACCCUGCCCGUGGAAAUGAUGCCCUGGCUGGCCCUGCUCUUCGCCACCUCGGACCUGCUCUUCAUCUUUGCUUUCCUGCCCGAGACGCUGCCCCCCGAGCGGCGGGCGCCCUCCUUGAGCCCGGGUGUCCGGGCCGCUGCCGACCUGCUCAGCCCGCUGGCGCUGCUCCGCUUCUCGGCCGUGGCGCGUGGCCAGGACCCGCCGUCCAGUGACAGACUCCGCAGCCUGCGCCGCCUGGGCCUGGUCUACGGCCUCUACCUCUUCCUCUUCUCGGGCCUGGAGUUCACGCUCACCUUCCUCGCCCACCAGCGCUUCCACUUCAGCAGCCUGCAGCAGGGCAAGAUGUUCUUCUUCAUGGGCCUCACCAUGGCCACCAUCCAGGGCACCUACGCCCGGCGCAUUCGCCCCGGCAGUGAGCUCGCGGUGGUGAAGCGGGCCCUCUUACUGCUGGUGCCCGCCUUCCUGCUCAUCGGCUGGGGCCCCUCGCUGCCCAUCCUGGGCCUAGGGCUGCUGCUCUACUCCUUCGCGGCCGCAGUCGUGGUGCCCUGCCUGUCCUCCGUUGUCGCUGGCUAUGGUUCAGCAGGGCAGAAGGGCAUAGUCAUGGGCACACUCCGGAGCUUGGGUGCACUGGCCCGGGCAUUGGGACCCUUGGUGGCCGCGUCAGUGUACUGGCUGGCCGGGGCCCAGGUCUGCUUCACCGUGUGUGGGGGCCUCUUUUUGCUGCCGUUCCUGCUCCUGCGAGACCUCCAGCCAGCACCCCUGAAGCACGAGUAG